AUGGGANCAGGCAGUCAACUAGUGGAGGAUGAUGCAUAUCUAGUAUUCUGGGACUCCCGAAUGCCAAAACCUUUAGGGGGAUAUUGGAACUCUCAUACAGACGAUAUUACACAAGUCAAAUUCCACAAAGAGAAGACAGAAAUCCUAGCAUCAGGGUCAAUAGAUGGACUUUUGAAUAUAUUUAAUAUCUUGGAACAGACAGAAGAUGAUGCUCUGAUAUAUUCCUUAAAUGUAGAAAAUUCAGUAGAGAAAAUAUCCUGGUUGGACAGCAGAAGAGCUGCCUGCACUACACAGUCCAAUGACCUGCAGCUGUGGGACACAGACACUGGAGAUCAACUCAAGAGUUACAGUAGAGAUAAAAUUUCUAGAAGUAUAAAGAGGAGUAAAGAUGAUGAUUGUUAUUUAGUGGAUAUUUUCACAUCAAUUGAUGACACACCUGUACUAUUGGCUGGCUCAAAUGCUGGAGAUGGGGAUGUACUAAGGUCAAUUACGAUAGCAGAAAAGAAAUUGCAGCCAUGUACAAACUUUACACAAAACAAACAAAUUGUGAGGUGCUGUUGGUACGAAAAAGACAGAGACAUCCUGGUGACGGCGGGUGAGGGCGGGCGUGUGAGCGUUUGGGCCGGCGCGUCGGGGCAGGCGGCGCCCAAGCGGCUCAGUGGCGCGCUAGACAGGCUGCACGUCAACAGAUACAAGCCCUAUUAGAAUUUUACAUUA